UCUGCCGCACGGCCCUCUAACCAAUGCAGUUUUCCCUUUAUUUUGGCGGUUGUGCGGAAAAUGGCGGAAAAUUUGAAAGGUUGCAGCGUGGCCUGCAAGAUGUCCUGGGAUGAGCUCGAGGACGCGUGUCGCAGGGAGAAGCUCCACUGUAAAGAGCUCGGAGUGAACAGAUCCAACGUAAAUGAGUACGAGGUGGAGUUCCUCUGUGACUACAAGAAGACAAAGGAGGGGGAGUUCUACUUAGUGAAGUGGAGGGGCUUCCCAGAAUCCGACAACACCUGGGAACCCAAGAGGAACCUCAGAUGCCCCAAACUGAUGAAACUGUUCCACCUGGACCUGGAUCACGAGCUGAGGCUCCGCAAGAGACACUCCGUCCCCAAAAGGCUCGACAAGGAGGUCGCCAUGUCCCUGGUGCAGAAAGCCAAGCUCCGUAAAAACCUACAGCAGUGGGAGUCCCAUUUAAAUCAGACUCGCAAUCACUCGGGCCGCAUCUACGUGAUAAACGAGGUCGACUUGGAGGGCCCGCCCAAAAACUUCACCUACAUCAACAACUACAAAGUGGGCCCGGGCAUCGUGCUGGACGAGAUGGCCGUGGGCUGCGAGUGCAAGGACUGCUUCGACGACCCGGUGAACGGCUGCUGCCCCGGGGCCUCGCUGCACCGCAUGGCCUACAACGACAGGGGCCAGAUCCGCAUCCGGCCGGGCGAGCCCAUAUACGAGUGCAACUCCCAGUGCGGCUGCGGCUCCGACUGCCCCAACAGAGUCGUGCAGAAGGGCAUCCAGUUCGACCUGUGCAUCUUCAAGACGGAGAACGGGCGCGGGUGGGGCGUCCGCACGCUGCAGCACAUCAAGAAGAACACGUUCGUCAUGGAGUACGUGGGAGAGAUCAUCACGACAGACGAAGCGGAGAGGAGGGGUCACGUGUACGACCGCCAGGGCUCCACGUACCUGUUUGACCUGGACUAUGUGGAGGACGUGUACACGGUCGACGCCGCCCACCUGGGAAACAUUUCACACUUCGUCAACCACAGUUGUGACCCCAACCUGCAAGUGUACAACGUGUUCAUCGACAACAUCGACGAGAGGCUUCCAAGAAUUGCUUUAUUUUCAACUCGGGCCAUUCGGGCGGGAGAGGAGCUCACGUUUGACUACAAGAUGCAAAUCGAUGCAGUCGACACAGAAAGCACCAAAAUGGACUCCAGUUUCAGUCUAGUGGGGCUGCCCAGCUCCCCCAAGAAGAGGAUCCGAGUGGAGUGUCGAUGCGGGUCGGACUCAUGUCGAAAAUAUCUGUUUUGACGAAGCACCACUGCGACGUGAAACAUUUGUACAGAUUUUUAUGUGAUUUUAUUUUAAAUUUCUUUCUUUUCAUGAAAGCUGAAAGACCUCCCCCCAUUCCCCCCCACAACGUUUUUGUUUUUAUUUUUGUUUUUUUUUUGUUUUUUGUACGUGAACAUGAGUUUAUUUUAGAGGAACAAAAACACAUAAUGCAGAGAUUUAACUGCAUCAUUGGAGUUUAUUAACGACUAUAUUCCAAAAAGUUUUAAUAUUUUUUCUAUGCAUGGAAUUUGCGAGAUAGGUUAAAAAAAAAAAAUUAUUAAAAUAGAUAGUUUUACGUCUAUGUAUAGUAGUUUGUUCUUACAUUCGUCACAGGAAUUCAACAAAUGUACAAGAAUACUCAACAACACAGCUCAUUACAAACCUGUGCCUGAAGUUUCCAUCGAUACCAGACUAUGUUUAGCCGAAAUCAUUCAUUUCACAGAAACUGUAAAUCCUUAUUUGAAAUUAUGGACGAAAGAACCAAAAUUAGACCCAAACGUGCAAUCACUUCAAACUUUAUACGGCUCAAACUGGCUGCAAAUGAAACUCACGCAGGGCUUCAAAACGUUUUACAUGUUUUCUCCAAAACGGAACAAGUUUAUCUUUGACAAAAAAAAAAAAAUGUGAUGAAUCUGGGAGGGACUGGUCCUGAGCGGAGCCAGCGGCUUCCUGACACUAACAGAGGCAGAGGAAGACGUUUUAUUAAGUGUCACUGUAGAGGAUCCAUCGUGUGCGGGUUCAAGGUUACUUCACCUUUCUAUCAACAAAAAAUGUAUUUUUCUACUCGUUAUUUAAUAAUAAUACAAAAAAACAAAUGUGAAUUUCAAUAUUUUCAAUCUAAAUAGCUGCAGUGCUAUAUACAGCAAUCAGCCAUAACAUUAUGACCCCGUGUGCCUCCUCAGAGAAUGAAUGUCAUAUCCAGAAGUUUUAAACAUUACUCAUUUCUCCUGUAAGUGGUCAUAAUGUUAUGGCUGAUCACGGCAGUUCGCCAGCUUUCACGGUCCGUUCGUAUUUUAACAUUUUACCCAUUAUGUCUGACUUUCUUAUAUGUGGAGAACAGAAAUCAGUGUAAAUACAUGUUCAUACAUUCUGCCGAUGUUUCUAUCGAUUUACUAAAGUUUACACUUUCUGAAUGACGCGUCUAAGCUUGUUUUUUUGUUUUUUGUUUGUUUUUUUUUACUUUAUUGCUCUUGAAAUGUGGAACAACUUUUACCACUAGAUGGCGCUUUUCGACUACAUCUGUAUCUCUUCACGACCUCCUCGCUGCACCGAGCUUUAAAUGCUGAACACAUGCUGGGGUUUGUGGAGGAUCAGGACGUCCAGAGGUUCCAAGUGAAAGUUUAAAUUAAAUGAUGUUUGAUUUUA